AUGGCUUUCACUUCUUCUCUCACUUCCCAUUUUCUCUCUCUCCCAAACAAAAACCCAUCCCUAACCCCUUUUCAAUCUCAACCCUUCUUUUUCCCUACACUCCUCCCAAAACCACUCUUAUCAUCACCUACUUCAAUCUCAACCGUUGCUUCAACGUCAUCAUCGAAAAACCCUUCCAGUAACAAUAACCCUAAACAAUCUAGACAAGAUGAAGUUGUUGAGGUUGAAGUAGAAGAGGAACUUCCGUGGAUUCAAGAAAAAGCUCUCGACCUCGUUGAGUUCACCGGUUCUGUUACCCAAGCGAUUCCCGGUCCGAGAGUGGGUCCCACUUCGUUGCCGUGGAUUCUCGCCGUUCCUCUUGGUUAUGCUGGUCUCACUUUCGUUAUCGCGUUUGUUAAAACCGUUAGGAAAUUCAGUUCUCCCAAAGCACAACGCAGGAAAUUGGUUGGUAAAAAUGCGUUGUUGUGUAAGUCUGUUGAUGAUUUGUUACAAAGAGGACGAGAUGAAGUUAAGGUUGAUGAUCUCAAAGGAAUCGAAAAUAAGACAGGUUUUGUCUUGGAAGAAAUUUUGCGCAAAUACAUCCGAUAUGCUCUGAACGAGAAACCAUUCAACCCUGAUGUUGUAGCUGAUUUAAUUCAAUUAAGGAGAGCUUCUGCAUUAAAGGACUCACAAGUUGCUGAGAUUCUAAAUGAAAUUUCACGAAGAAUUGUUAGAGACAAAGGUAAUGUCUUCUUAAUAUUGGACAGUUUUCAUCUGAGUAAUCCUUGUACGUGGUAGUUUAUUUUGUCCUAGGCUGUGUAGAAAAGUAUUCCGAUCAACUGCAGUGAUGAGUGAACAGGAUUAUUUUUCUCUGGUUUGCUCCUUGUAUUGACAAAGGUUUAGUAUCUGGGUCCAUGUUG